GUUCCCGAGGAGGUGCUCGAGAAUCCCCGAGCUAGGAGGCGCCGAGUAUGCCCAGCGCGGGAGAUGAUCCGGGGAGAUCGGUUGUUCGGAAGGAUCUCUGGUACGUUGCCCACUGCCGGCUUAUAUAUCGUUCCGCGCGGCUGGACGCACCAAUCAGCGCGCGCGGACGGGCCGGCUAGAAUGGGAGCGCUUUCGGAACGCGGCGCGUAGCGCGUCGGUCGCGCGCGGUAGCACGCGGUGGUCUUGAUGGCAGAGAACGAGACGUAACUGACGUGAUGUGACGUGACGUGACUUUGAGUAAGGCAGAGAAAAGCCGUAAAGACGUACGACGUGUUGUGUUGAAUGUCUGAUGAUCUAUUAAGUGCGCGGAGAGACGAGGUUAAUCCACACUUUUCCCUGCUAUAUAUACUACAAUUAUUAUAAACGUACAUGUUUUUCUGGAUUGACGAGUUUUGUAUCUUAAAAAUAUUCCACUACUUUGAUGCAGAAUAGUAUUGCAUUAGAAUAACCUGCAGCGAGCGAACUACAUCAACUACAACUUACUCAUUAAGCUAUCUCUGUACAGUUGCAUUUUUUUUCGGUCUCCCAAUCUUAUUUAUUUGCUUUUUCAGUAGAAUAUUUAGUUAUUUUGAAAGUGAUACAAAAAUAAAAAUGUUGGAUCAUUCACGUAUUGUCAAAUUUUGAUGAUUCACCUGUAACGAACACAGAUAGGUAAAAUAUGAUUUAAUUAAUUAAUAAGUAAUUAAGAAGUGUUAUUCCUUUUCAAUGCUUACAAUAUGCUUAUAACUAAUAAAAAAAAUGAGCAGUGAUAGUGAAUUUAUAAUUCUGGUAAUGAAUUGGAUAAUUACAUAUGUUUUGUUAAGACGUAAAAGAAAACAAAUUAGAUGGUUAAAUAGGCGAUGGCUUGUGAGUCUUAUUAAUACAAUGAGGAUUCAAUAUGGAGAUUAUAAUAACUUAUUUCAAAAACUAAAAGAUGAUCCUGCAUUAUUUUAUCGUUAUACCAGAAUGACAUUGGCACAUUUUCAGCAAUUAGUACAAAUGACAGAACCAUAUUUGAUAAAGAAAAGCUCUCGUGCUUUAAUACCAGAACUACGACUUUUAAUAACUCUAAGAUAUCUUGCCACAGGUGAUUUACCAUUGACUGUAGCUUUGGCAUUUAGAGUUGGUGAAUCCACAGUAAGAGAAGUGGUAAAAGAAGUUUGUAAUAUUUUGAUUAAGAUUUUGGAACCAUUAUAUCUUUCUCCACCUAUAAAAGAAGAUUGGAGAAUAUGUUUUCAUGGAUAUUGGAAGAGAUGGAACAUUCCAAAUUGUGCGGGUUCCAUAGAUGGCAAACAUAUUAGAUUACGCUGUCCUCCAAACUCUGGAAGCUUGUAUUUUAAUUAUAAAAAAUUUUAUAGUGUGGUUUUAUUGGCAGUAUCUGAUCAUUUAUACAGAUUUACAUUAGUUGAUAUUGGAGCAUUUGGAGGAACUAGUGACGGAGGCAUUUUCAAUAACUGUGAUAUAGGAAAAAACUUAGAAAAUAAUAGAUUAAAUUUACCAAAAGAACCUAUAAACCUUCCUAAUAGCAAUUUAAAAACACUUUCUAGAGCACGAAGAACAGUUGAAAGUGCUUUUGGAAUUUUUUCGAAUAAAUGGAGAAUAUUCCACACAGCUAUUAGUAUGCUACCAGAAACCGCUGAUGUAAUUGUAACAGCUUCAGUUUGUCUACACAAUUAUAUACUGAAAGAGGAGCAACGCAGUGGAACUAAAAUGUAUAGUCAAGAACAAAUUUCUGAUAAUAAUGAAAACCAAAAUUCACCCUGGAUCAAUAUACCAAAUAAUCUUCAAGAAGAUAACGUACAAACUGCCGAAAUUCAAAGAAAUAUUUUGAGUGAUUAUUUUAUUUCUGAAGUUGGACAAGUGGAAUGGCAACAUGACUAUGUUCAAAGAGGUGUACAUGCAGACGAAUAAAUUUUUUUUUUUUAAUUUAAUUUUUAUGAUAUGUCUUACAAAACUAUUAAAAUUAUACAUUUAUACUCAGUCAAUUAUACUCAAAAGAGUAUAAUACAUCACAGACACAAAUACUGUUUGAUACAAUUUUUUAAAUAAACUAGUAAUUAUUUUGUUUCAUAAAAAUUUUAAAAUAAAAUAUAAAUGUUAUAUCUUUACAAUAAAAAAAUAAUAAUACCUAUUUGUACUGUCACAAGUACAAUGUAUGUAAAGAUUUUUUAAAAUAUUUAAUUCUUAUUUUAAUAAUGGCAUAGUAAGAGUAUCUAUAACCAUCUUUCUUUUUUCAUAAAAUCUUCAAAAUUAAACAAAAUGUUAUAUAUUUACAACAACAAAAAACAAUGUCUAUUUGCACUUUUAAAAUAAGUUUUCUUAAAAUAUAUAAUCCUUAUUGUUCUAAUAAUGGCAUAGUAAGUAUAUCUUUGAUCAUCUUUCUUCUCUAAUAAAAACUUCGAAACAUAA